AUGACUACGGAGGUGAAAACCCAGUUGGCCGAGCAACCACUAGUGAGUCCAAAAGCAGAGCCCGAGCCCGAGAAGAAGGCAGAGCACUUUCCGAAGAGCCACGGGGAUGUGGGAUUCCAGAAAGAGCCCGUGGUCCCAGGCAUUGUGGAUUUCGAGUUGAUCCAAGAGGAGCUGAAGACCUCUAAGCCCCAAACACCAAGUGCCUAUCGCUUUGGACGCCUCAGCCACCACUCCUUCUUCUCCCGGCACCACCCCCAGCCACAGCGUGUGACACACAUCCAAGAUCUCACCGGGAAGCCUGUGUGCGUGGUCAGGGACGAGUUCUCUUUGGCACCCGUGACUCAGUCUGUGCUCUUAUCCAGCUGUUUGAUGGGGAUGCCCACCAUCUCAGUCCCCGUUGGGGACCCACAGUCCAACCGGAACCCCCAGCUUCCUCCGUCUGACCUCUGGAAGAAAAAUCUAAAGGAACUAGCUUCCCGAGUGGCUGUCUUUACUAAGGAAAACGAAAGAAGAAAACGAAAAAGAAAAAGAAAAAAGAAGCCUCCUGUGAGGGAGCAGGGGGCAAAGUACUCAGCAGAGACUGGUAGGCUUAUCCCCGCUUCCAGCCAAGCUCUUAGCCGCCGCAACCGCCAGGGCCAGCGGGGCCACCCUUCUGCCAGAGACGGAGGAGCCCAAGCCUCCGUUCUGGAGGACCAGGAGCUGCUGAUCUUGGAGCUUCUUUGUCAGAUUCUACAGACGGAUUCUUUGAGUGCCAUCCAGUUCUGGCUGCUCUAUGCGCCGCCAAAGGAAAAAGACUUGGCGCUGGGACUUCUGCAGACGGCGGUGGCUCAGCUCAUCCCCCAGUCCCUCCCAACCCUCCCAGAGGAGAAGCUCUUGAACCAACUCCAAGAGCUUCAAGAACCUCCUCAAGAAAUACAACAGGCAACCUACAGUCCAUCCCUGAAGAAGACGAAGACACCACCUCUAUCCAAGACAGAGAAACCAGAGUUCAUGGGCAAAGCCCAAGUCCUCCGUGUGCAUCCCAACGAGGACUCAGAGGACAAAACGACCAAGUCAAAGGCCGAGAGCUGA